AGUCAUCUUACUAGUCAUGUGAUACAAACCGCUGUUGUGAUUGGAUACAAUAAUUUUUUUGGGGUGGUACAAAGGUGGUUGUAGUGCUCAAGGAUAUUCGUAAGAGACGACUGCUUCGCAAUCAUAACAAUGCUUUUGAACAAGGUUGUGAGGGCCGGGAUUCAGACAGGACUCCGGCUUCAGAGCACAAGUGCUACAGCCAGCGCAAGGGCAGCUACCAGUCCUGUAACGCAAGGAGGGUUCUGCUUUGAGUUUACCGAACAACAGAAGGAGUUUCAGGAGUUGGCUCGCAAGUUCGCCCGGGAGGAGAUUGUCCCAGCUGCAGCAUCGUAUGAUAUAAGUGGUGAAUAUCCCUUCCCCAUCAUUAAGAGAGCAUGGGAGCUGGGUCUGAUGAACUCUCACAUUCCAGAAGAUUGCGGUGGAAUGGGUCUGUCUAUUUUUGAUUCUUGCCUCAUCACAGAAGAGCUGGCCUAUGGCUGCACUGGAGUCCAGACUGCCAUCGAGGCCAACUCUCUGGGCCAAAUGCCAGUUAUCCUUGCGGGCAAUGAUGAACAGAGGAAGAAAUACCUGGGAAGAAUGACUGAGGAGCCACUCAUGUGUGCCUACGGUGUGACAGAGCCUGGGGCUGGCUCAGAUGUUGCAGGCAUCAAGACACGUGCAGUGAAGAUGGGCGAUGAGUAUGUUGUCAAUGGCCAGAAGAUGUGGAUCACCAAUGGUGGCAAAGCUAACUGGUACUUCCUCCUGGCCCGCACUGACUCCGAUCCCAAAUGCUCAGCCAGCAAGGCUUUCACAGGCUUCAUUGUCGACGCAGACACUCCUGGAAUCCUAAUCGGCAGGAAGGAGCUGAACAUGGGCCAGAGGUGCUCAGACACUAGGGGCAUCACUUUUGAGGAUGUGAGGAUACCCAAGGAGAAUGUCCUGAUUGGAGAGGGAGCUGGCUUCAAGAUCGCUAUGGGGGCCUUUGAUAAAACCCGGCCACCGGUUGCUGCAGGGGCCACAGGCCUGGCACAGAGGGCACUGGAUGAGGCCACCAGGUAUGCCCUCGAGAGGAAAACCUUCGGAAAAUUAAUCGCUGAGCACCAGGCGGUAUCCUUCCUCCUGGCUGAGAUGGCCAUGAAGGUGGAGCUGGCUAGGAUGGCCUAUCAGAGGUCAGCCUGGGAGGUGGACUCGGGCCGCAGGAACACGUACUACGCCUCCAUUGCCAAGGCCUACGCCGGAGACAUCGCUAACCAGGUGGCCAGCGACGCCGUACAGGUGUUCGGCGGCAACGGCUUCAACAGUGAAUAUCCAGUGGAGAAACUGAUGAGAGAUGCCAAGAUUUACCAGAUCUAUGAAGGAACUGCCCAGAUUCAGAGACUGAUUAUUUCUCGUGAACACUUUGGGAGAUUCAAGAAAUGAGCUGGAAAUGCUUUCGUCCUAUCCUUGCUGAAAUGUUAUCUGUCAGAUAUUUUAUAUUCACAUGAGUGGAAAUGAUCAAUUCAACUCAGGACACAGUAAACCGAAUGUUGGUUGCCUUGUA